GGAUGUUAAAUAUUAUUUUUUAAAGUUUCAUUAAAAGGUUCAGGCUGAACAAAGAGGCAUAAACCUAAAGGGAUAUAUGUCAACUGCUGUUCCAGAACCGUUGCAGUUAGCUGCCACUUUAUCGCUUUUAGCCAGUGCAGGAUAUCAGUGCACCGUAGGCAAAGUCAGGGCACACAAUUUUGGGAAUAAUUACCUGAUUGGAAUGAGCCAAUCCACCAUUUCGAAAAUCAUUGCACAUGUUCUAAAUAAAAUAGAAACGAAACUGUGCACACAUCAUAUUAAAUUUUCAGAAGAAAGGUGGAGUACCUGCAAACAGUGGUUUUUUCAAAAGUACAAAAUUCAAGGAGUUGUAGGUUGUGUUGACGGCACGCACUUCGGCUUGCAAAAACCUAGCACGAAUGAGCAUAUGUUUUUCAAUAGGAAAAGCUUUCACAGUCUUAACUCAAUGAUAAUUUGUUAUCAUGAGUAUAGAAUCCUGGCAGUGGAUUCGCGUUAUGGUGGAGCUGCUCAUGAUUCCUUUGUUUGGAGGCAUUCAUCAGAAAGACAAUUUCUGGAGAAUAAGUUCGAUCCUACCAACAAUGAAAAUUUUUGGCUCCUUGGCAAGUGGAUACAUAUGUAUUAUUUAUUUUUAGUUCUUAGUACUUUUACUUUUUACUUGCGGUACCCGUCAUACACAAAUUUGGGAAAAGUUUGGUUUCGAUUUGGUUAA